AGAUCUUACCUGUCCCUCCUAUACAAGUAGUAGUAAAUCCUAGGACUAGUAUACAAGGACGUAGAAUCUUCAGCACGGUAACUGAGAGACCUGUAAAGGACAAAGGUGAUAGGUGUCUGUUUAAGACUGCGUACCACCCCAGAAGGAACAAGAAGAAUGGACAAUUUGACACAUGGAUUAUCAGGUAUUAGCAGACAAUUAUGUAUUGAAUUUCUAGUUUAAAAAAGUUGAUUCGAACUCGCUGAACUGUGAUAUAUGUAAAUAGAAAAUUUCACACGUAGAGAUUUCAAAUACGCAGACUUUAUUCGUGCCGUGGAAGCCAUGCUGCACUGUGUAUUUGAUAACGACACACUAAAAUCGAGCUGGUGAUGGACAGAAUUAGUACUCUAUUAACACUGGGAUAUAUACAGUACUUACAAUGGCUUUGAAAGUUUCUCUGUGGUCAAGUAAUACUUAAGCAUACUGGACUUAUAGACUGUAUACCUCUGUAUAAUACUAUACAUCACUACUCUCGGACCGUGGAGAUUGUUCCGGGACUCCGUGGAUUUUAGUAUGGAACAGCCGCUCUCUCGGACACUAUCCUCUCCGACACUAUCCUCUCCGCAUCUGAACGGAGCUGUUCAGGGGGUUUCCCAGAAAGUCAUGCUGAACAUGGCGAGAAGAUCUCCCUCGGAGCCCAGGAUGAGACGGAUUGUGUUGGAGAGGCAGCAGGUUAUGGCACACAAACACAUCCCCAUAGAAACCUGGCUGGAGGCCCUGGGGAUGAGGGACCAUUAUGGUGUCUUCUGCAAAUAUAAGGGAGUGGAGGAUCUGCUGAACUUUACAGAAACAGAGAUAAAAGAGCUUGGUAUACAUAACCCUGCCCUGAGGGCAAAGGUCGUGUCCAGUCUACGCAUUCUCAAGGAGAAGCAUCAAAGAGGUUACAAGGUGGUUCCAGGUCUACACCGGAGCCUCAGUGCUACAGCACAACAGUUAAAGGCAGAAAAUCAUCCAAGAUUACAAACAGUACCGACCUCAAAGCCUAGUUACCCAGACUACCAAGUUGUCAAUGUCUCUGCCGAGCGCUUGGAAAGGGACCUUACAGCUGAGCUAAGGUCGGACCCCUCAGAACUUCAACACUGGCCUUGGUACCAUGGUAAUAUCUCACGGCAACAUGCAGAGAAAAUUGUGAAUCGUGACGGAGAUUUCAUUGUGAGAGAUUGUAUAUCUCAGCCUGGAGAUUUUGUAUUGACCACUGGGUGUCGUGGUGUCCCAAUACAUUUUGUGAUAAACUCUCAAAUAACUGAAAGGCCCGAUUCUAAGACACCAGAUAUAUCCUAUUUUUUUGAGGAUGAGAAAUUUGGUUCUGUUCAGGAUCUGAUAGACUUUUACAUGUCCCACAAGAAAGGGGUCACCAAAACAUCAGGAGCUGUGAUAAAAAAUCCUAUUGGUAGAACCAUGCCACUGAGCUACUACGACUCCAAAUAUGGUAAUAAGGCAAGCCUCAUUGGUGCUGCUGAUUUUGCCUACACACCCACACAGAGCCCUCAUGCUAGUCCUUACAACAGCCCAAAAGUCAGUCCGCGGGGCAGUCCGAAGUCUCGACAUAAACGUCCACUACGCACUGGUAGUCAGCCUUUGUUGGACAUUGUUGACACGGAUGAACGAAACAAUAUGGCAGUAUCUAAUAUGGAUCGUUGUGACAGUCUUCCCAGCAUUCCAAAUAAAUUUGGAAACUCAUCAAUGAAGAAUUCUGUAUCAGCAUCAAACCUACCUCCAUACCACAGUAGGUGUGGCAGUGAACCAGUCCUGAUGGACCCAGGACUGUUAAUCACAAAUAAUAGAAAAGGACAGUACCUUCAGAUCCCAUCCCCAGCUCAACGACUCGCACCGGCCUCCUCCGACAGCAAUCUCUCAAAGCCUGCACCUCCCAAACCUAGUCGUAUACCAUCCAUCAAAUACAAACAACGCCCCAAAAUUGAAGUGCGUAAUCGUGAUAUGUACGACGAUGAUGGAAGGGACUAUUCCGAUUAUAGUCAGGUGAAAGAAGCACCUAGUUGGCUGGAACAAAACAAUUUGUCUAACCAAAAUAGAGCAUUUCCUGUGGACCAAAAUGCCAAUUUAGCUCGAGAUUCAGAUAUAAGUGAUUAUGAUAAUAAUUAUAAUUCCAAGAAAAUUCCAUACAAUCAAAAUCAAGAAAGAGUGUCAAAUGGAAACAUGUCCUUGAAUAGCACUGACAGUCAAAGGUCAAGGUUAUCGUCAGAUACCAACUUUACAUUUUUAGACAACCGUGAUUAUGCCAUGGUUCCAGAUACUCCAACGAGUAAAACGCCGACCAAUAAGACAAGUGGUAACAGUUUUGGAGAUAUAUCUAGCUCGGACAUGCUAAACAGAACUAAAGGUAGAACGAUCUCCAUGCCAACAGAUAAUGUUGGAUCUACAUUAAAUAUAUUGAAAUAUUCCAGUGACAUUUUACCAGAGGAAAAUAAACCUUUAGAAACUUCUACGUUAGUGACUGUGAAAAGCUUGUUACUUUCAACAGAUCCUAGAAUAUUAGCAUUACACAUGACAAAGGUUGACCUUGAAAGUCUCAAAGUCAUCUCUGACUCUGACCUUGGUGUAGGUGUGGAGUCAGGACUAGAGUUGAUGACACUUCCACAAGGGAAACAACUCCGACAGGACACGAUUGAAAGGUGUUGCUGUUUGAAAUUAUUCACAAGAACAACAAUCUUGACGUGUCAGAAGGUUACAGACAGAGCUAAGAUGCUUAGCCAGUGGAUAGAAAUCGCUCUCCAGCUGAGGGUCACUCUUGGAAAUCUCUUUGCUUUUUCUGCUGUGAUGGAAGGACUUGCUAGUGUCCAGAUACAGAGGCUGAGAGACACAUGGAUGGUACUUAGACAGAACCACACAUCCAGCGCCUUCACCUUCGACACGAAACACAAGGCGGCGCUCAAGUCACUUAAUGAUGGCAGUGGCCUGCUUCCGCUCCAGAAUGUUAGCAUACCAGAUAUAAGCUCUCUUGUGGUGCUUCUAGAACGAGACGAUGACUCCCUUACUGAUUAUCUCCCUUGGGAGAAUGCUGAUCCUAACUCGGGGUUAGACAUUUUGUUGACACAUCUGGACACAGCUCGUUUGAUCACGGCCCAGGCAGGGUUGUACAGUGUCACGGGACAGGCCCUGCUCAAUGCCUUCACACCUGAUACUGAACUAUUAGAUAUAUUCCGCACGGAGUUCCAAAUGAAGCUGCUGUGGGGAUCAAAAGGGGCAAGUGUAGAACGGACAUUAAGGCUGAAUAAAUUUGAACAACUAUUGACUGUGUUGUCAAAUCGAGCCGAGCCACCUGGUGAUGAUGGCACCGAGGUUUGAUAGAGGUGAUGAUGAGAUGUAUGUUUUGUAAAUUACGUAUGUAUUAAAGUGAAUGUUUAAAUUGUUACCAAGUAUGGAUGGUAUUCAGGUGUGUAACAGACUAUAUUGUUACCAAGUAUGGAUGGUAUUCAGGUGUGUAACGGACUAUAUUGUUACCGAGUAUGGAUGGUAUUCAGGUGUGUAACAGACUAUAUUGUUAUACCGAGUAUGGAUGGUAUUCAGGUGUGUAACGAACUAUAUUGUUACCAAGUAUGUAUGGUAUUCAGGUGUGUAACGGACUAUAUUGUUAUACCGAGUAUGGAUGGUAUUCAGGUGUGUAACGGACUAUAUUGUUAUACCGAGUAUGGAUGGUAUUCAGGUGUGUAACGGACUAUAUUGUUACCAAGUGUGGAUGGUAUUCAGGUGUGUAACGGACUAUAUUGUUACCAAGUAUGGAUGGUAUUCAGGUGUGUAACAGACUGUAUUGUUAUACCGAGUAUGGAUGGUAUUCAGGUGUGUAACGGAUUAUAUUGUUACCGAGUAUGGAUGGUAUUCAGGUGUGUAACAGCCUAUAUUGUUACCGAGUAUGGAUGGUAUUCAGGUGUGUAAUGGACUAUAUUGUUAUACCGAGUAUGGAUGGUAUUCAGGUGUGUAACGGACUAUAUUGUUUACCGAGUAUGGAUGGUAUUCAGGUGUGUAACGGACUAUAUUGUUAUACCGAGUAUGGAUGGUAUUCAGGUGUGUAACAGACUAUAUUGUUAUACCGAGUAUGGAUGGUAUUCAGGUGUGUAACGAACUAUAUUGUUAUACCGAGUAUGGAUGGUAUUCAGGUGUGUAACGGACUAUAUUGUUAUACCGAGUAUGGAUGGUAUUCAGGUGUGUAACAGACUAUAUUGUUACCAAUUAUGGAUGGUAUUCAGGUGUGUAACGACUAUAUUGUUACCGAGUAUGGAUGGUAUUCAGGUGUGUAACAGACUAUAUUGUUACCAAUUAUGGAUGGUAUUCAGGUGUGUAACGACUUUAUUGUUACCAAUUAUGGAUGGUAUUCAGGUGUGUAACGACUAUAUUGUUACCGAGUAUGGAUGGUAUUCAGGUGUGUAACAGACUAUAUUGUGAUAUUGAGUGACGGAUGGAUGCAUUAUCAGUAUUGUUAUAAAGUCUUCCAGAGUAUACCCCAAUAUAACUGGUGCUGGAUGGUCGUAAUAUAUCGGUCUAGUUUACAGCAAAUAAUGUAUUUAUGUAGAACAAGAUACUCAUGUAACAUUAUUCAUCACGUGUCGGAUUCAUUCAGGAGUCAUACAAGUUUUUCUUUUAUGUUUUUAAGGCAUUUGUUUUUAUAGUGUAAGAUUGAUGAUAUUCAAGCAUUUAUAUACUACAUAUUAAGUCUCAUUGCAAUAGGAUACAAACUCACAUUAAGGUCACUUAGUUUUCUCUGAUUCUGUCAUGGCAUUGUUGAAAAAUAGUCCAACCCCACUACUUACAGAAUAUGUAUAUUGGUAUUUUGAGGAACAUACAGUUAUAUAUCAUAGACACUGAACCUUUUCAACACCUUUAACGACAUCAGAGGUUAAAGUUUAAAACAACUUUUAGAAAUACAAUUAAGUUUGAUAUUUGUGAUAGUUUUAGAUUUUAAACCAAUUUUGAAAAAUCAGAAAUGUUUCCAACAGACUUGUAAUCGGUAGUGUCACAAUGUAUUACAUUACAGCAUAUGGCUUUAUUACUCUAUUUGAUUCUGACUCUCAAUUUUCAGUUAUUUUCUCCUUGGAAAAUCAGAGUGGAAAGGGGAAGGAAAUACUGCACAGAUUAUAGUUGUUAUCAGAUUAAAUACUCAACAUCCCACAGUAGUUUUGAUAGGUAAUGCAAUCAGUUGAUGAGGAUAUAGGUAAUAGAUAACUUAGGAAUUUAAUUGAUACGUAUAAAGAUAUUGUGUCUGUAAUAGUUCUCCUAUGAAAGGAUGUCCAAAAGUUUUGAUGGCAGUAGAUCAGCAUCAGUUGCAUUUAACAAACAUUUUAUUGACCAAACCUUUAAUUUUUACAGAGUUUUUAUCAUUGAUUGAAAAUAGAAAAAAAUGUACUUUUAAGCAAUGUUAUGAUUUGUACAUGAACUGAUAUCUCAAAAAUUAUAUUUUUAAAUGCAUGGUUAUAUUUUAACAGGUUUUGAAAUUGGCACAUUCAAUACUAAUAUUAUAAUGGAAGGCUAAGUCAUAUUUCUUGACUGAUGUGCAAACGAAAGGGAAAACUUGAUGUUCAAUGUAAACAAAAGUAUAGAAAUAUCCUUUGGUUUUAGCGGUCUGCUUCACAUCAGUUCUCUAGGAAAUGAGUCACUAGAUCGGUAUGUUUACACUGUGUGACCAUCCAGAAAGUAAGAGUGUAUUAUAUUGUAGUAAUAAUAGUAUAAAACAAGUUACACUGUGAAUCUCAUUAUAAAUAAUAUGGAAUGUCAAAGUUAUCAUAUUAACAUCAUAUGUCUAUAACGUUUCUGUGAUGUAUUUGAUAUGAUAAUUUCUCAGGAGUUACCUCCCUUAACACACAAAAAUCGUGGAUUAUCUCCCUUUACAUACAACUUUACUCAUUUGUAAUUGUCAUGGCGUGGAAUGUGCUUAUCAGUGGCCUCUUGCAUUCAUGCUUCUUUUGAGCUCUUUAUACAUCAAUUGCUUUUGUCAUGAUCAGUUCAAAAUAAGACAGUACUUUCUGAUUUCUUUAAACACUGUGUCUAUACUCAAAGGUUUGUCAUAGAGAUGGUAGCUCCAUUUUCCUCUGCCCUGACACCAGAUUUGGAUAUUCCUACACCAGAAAUCUCUCUGCCAGUGCCAAAGUGUCCAAGUCUGGCAUCAGAACAAAUAAUUAGCCACAGCUUUAGCAAAUAAUGCAGUGGUAGAAAUAAGUCACAGUACAAAAGAUUACAUUGCAGAUAGUACUUAAGUGCCAUUUAUUGAUGAGUAUAGCUGUGGGGAAAAUAGUGCGAUAAAAAAUCCAUGGAUAUUCACAGACAGGAAAGAAAGCUGGUCUACAUCAUACCUCGGUCAUUAUCAACAUACCAAAUUCCUCUUAUUUCCUUAAAAAGUAACUGACACACAGACGUUUUGAAGUCGUUUCUAAAAACACAGUAUUAAAGAUUUACAAACUGUUGUUAGUAGUUGGACACUGAUAUUUAAACUACUACAAUUAAGGAUUUAACAUAUUUUUGUACAUGCUGUUCAUAGUUGUAUGGAUGUAAGGAUAAGCAUAUAUUAUUCUUAUUACCGGGUAUUGACAGUACAAACAGUGUAUAUCACAUAUUAAAAACAUAAAGAUAAUAAAAAUAUCUAAUAAUAA